AUGUGGAGAUUCAUCGCUGAAUUAUUGUCGUAUUUAAGUUUCGUGAUUGUUGUGUCCCUCAUAAGCUUUCUAAGUCGUAAUUCACAAGAAUAUCUUCAAGCGCGGCAUCUAAAUGAUCUGUUUCUGAAUCAACCGAGAGCGUCAUACAACUUUACAGCUAUUUCAACAGUUGCUCAAUUCUGGACUUGGUUAGAAGGAAGCUUCAUCGAAACUAUUGAACCUGAGCAAUGGUAUAACGGACGGUCGGAUAACGCAUCAAUAGGAUUUCUUAGCGAUCGAACAAAUCGCUUGAUCGGAUGGGCAACAAUGCGACAAUUACGAGUGAAAGCAGAUACUUGUAGAAUAAAGACAUCAAUGCAAACUUUUAUUCGACACUGUUAUGACGAAUACGGGUUAUCUAUUGAAGAAAAACGUUCGUUUCAACCGGGUUGGACAAUGAAUGCUACGAAAAACUAUAGUUUAUCGAUUGCUCAAGCAUUUCUUUACCAAACAAGUGCUCAGCUCGAUACUUAUCCUUAUAUAGGCGAACUUCAAACAUAUGGAAGUGGUGGUUAUGUUUAUGAAUUUCGUGGUUCAUUGUCCAAACUUCGGAAUGAACUCAAUCAGCUUCACCAAUUGCAAUGGAUUGAUUCUCCAACACGAGCUGUACUGAUUCAACUGAAUUUAUUCAAUCCUAACAUCGCAAUAUUCACAUCCGUAGCCAUUCUCAUUGAAAUCUUAUCAAGCAGUGGUAUUUAUCCGAGUGCUCGAUUUGAGCCGUUGGAUUUAUACGUUUUCAAUUCUGCCUUUCACAUUACCUGCGCGGCGAUUUAUUUCGUCUUCAUUAUCUGUUUCAUGAUUAUGGAAGUUCGCUCAAUAAUUCGCUUGAAGAAAUUAUAUUUUCGACAAGCAUGGUCGUACAUUGAAUUAGGAAUCAUUUUUUGCUCGUGGGCAGCUGUUGGUAUACACAUAUGGCGUACGAAAGAAGCAUCACGAAUUGGAAGUUUAUUUCGUGAAACCAGUGGCGGGACAUAUUUAAAUUUUCAACUCCUAGCUUAUAUCAAUGAUAUCUUUUCAUUUCUCCUUGGCUUUUGCUGCUUUUUCGGGAUGUUAAGACUUUUACGUCUGUGCCGUUACAAUGAACGUUUAAAUCUCCUUUCGAAUACAUUGAAACGCGCAAGUCAAGAAUUGAUUUCCUUUUCAAUGAUGUUUUCAGUUAUUUUUAUGGCUUUUUUAACUCUAUAUUAUCUACAAUUUACUGCUUAUAUAUGGGAAUGUUCAACUUUAUUACAUACAGCGCAAAUGUUAUUUGAAAUGUUGCUUUUGAAGUUUGAUGCCACGGGUAUCAAGAAUGCAGCGCCGGUUUUAGGACCAUUGUAUUUCGCAUUAUUCAUUUUAUUCGUUGUCUUUGUUUGCAUUAACAUGUUUGUAUCAAUCAUUAAUGAUAACUUCCGAAGUGUUCAGGCUGAUGUUUAUAAAACGCACUCUGAUUAUAUGGGUGUGUUCUCAAGUCUAAGGAAAAAAAUUCGACAUUUGUGUGGACUUCCGGCUACCAAUGUUGUAUCAGUUGACGAACAACCAAAAAUAGUCACAGUUAGUGAAACUGCUGACCCGCUGAAACGUUUGUCGAGUCGACUUGAUCGUCUUUCAACUCUACUUAACCGACGGUAUGGCUCUAUCGAAGAUCGAUCAAAAUGGAAAAGAACAAUAUACAUCAGUUGA